ACAAAUAGAUCGGCUUAAGCGAGAGUCCUCUUCAGAAAUCUUCACCAUGUAAGAUAUCGUGGCUUUUCCAUCAUCAUGAGUGCCUCCCUGGUUCUUCUUGUGAGCUGCCUGGCCUGCUCUGUGACUCUGCUCUCGGCUCAUAACAUCCCAUCCCCCUCGACAUCCCCCUCCAAGCUGAAGUACCUCCUUGAGCCGCCCGUUUACGCCGAGGUUGUCGGCCGUCGGGGCGAGAACGUUACGUUACCGUGCAUCCUGAAGAAUAAACCUGACCACUACAAGGUCAAGUGGACCAAGCUGGAACUGGGACACGUGGGCCCGGAGAACAUCGUUAUGAUUUCCAACGCUCAUGCCUUCAGGCGGCACGGCCGGCUCGGCCCCCGGGCAUCCUUGCGGUGGGCCCAUAACAUGGAUGCCUCCCUGCAGCUCGGCGGACUGCAACUGCGAGACGGCGGUAGAUACCGAUGCGAGCUCAUCAACGACAUUGAGGAUGAGAGUGUGGUGGUGACGCUCAGGAUUGAAGGUGUGGUUUUUCCGUAUCAGAGUCAUAAAGGCCGUUACAGGAUGACGUUCCGUGAGGCCGAAGUGGCGUGUGAGGAACAGGACGGCACUCUUGCCUCCUAUGAGCAACUCUACCGAGCCUGGACGGAGGGUUUGGACUGGUGCAAAGCGGGAUGGCUCCAGGAUGGAAGCGUCCGCUACCCCAUCAUCAGCCCUCGCCCAGCCUGUGGGGCCCAAAGGCAUCCAGGCAUUCGCAGCUACUCCCCCAAAGACAAAAACAGAGACCGCUUCGACGCAUUCUGUUUCACCUCCUUGACUGCAGGUUCCGUCUUCUACAUCCCGGGCGCAUUCUCUCUGGAGCAGGCCGGGCAGGCAUGUGGCCGUCGGGGCGCCGAGCUGGCAUUGGUGGGACAACUGUACGCCGCCUGGCAUUUCCGAGGCUAUGACCGAUGUGAUGGCGGCUGGCUGCGUGACGGCAGCGUGCGAUUCCCCAUUGGCACUCCGAGGGCGCGCUGCGGCGGCAUCCCCGAAUCCGGAGUGCGCUCUUUUGGGUUUCCCAAUAAUACAUCACACCUUUACGGAGCUUAUUGCUAUAGGUAGUCAGAAGUCUUCUCCUCGUACCAGGGGGCUGCUCCAUUUCAUUAUCCGGCCGAUUGAGCAUUUACACCUUUUCAGAAGCCUAAUAAUGAUUCUAAUCAUUUGAAAGUGUCCUGUAAGAUUUGUUGCAUUCAUUUAAGCUGUAUCACGCUCAAAAUGUUUCCACAAAAUGUAUCAAUCCGAUUUUUGUUUUUAUUCAGAUCAUCUCAUUCAUUAAAGGGGAAGUAAAGUAAAAAAAAAAAUUACAAUAAUAUGAAAACAGUUCACCUCUUUUCUGAAGCUGAGACAUGAUUAAUAUUCUGUAGCCGUAUAUUCACACACAUAUGUGUGUCUGU